AGGAGCGUCUCCGCCCCAGACCCCAAAGCACUUUACAAAAGGGGGUCGGGGCAAUUAUCCCUAUCGGACAAAGGGGGAAACUGAGGCACAGGGAGGGGCAGAGCGCUGCCCCAGGUCACAUACUGAGUCUGUGGCAGCGCCAGGGAUGGGUCCUGGGUGCUGCAACCCCGAGACCUUCUCUCCUCUCCUGUAAAUGUCUGUAAAUCCCCUCCCCCGUGCAGAGGUCCCGAGCCAGGCCUAAAAUCCCACUCACACCAGGUUAACGGGUUACUGAGGUCAGGGGGCUUGCGGGGCUCUCAGCACUGGGGGGAAUUUGACUCUCAAGGCAGAGAAACAUUUUCUGCCUCUAAAGUGGCCGGGGAGAAACUUUCCACCUCCCAGCAGGGAUUGCUGGGGCUGCUGAGAGCAACUGUCCUUGCUGGUGGGGACGGGGGAGACGGCAGCUGGUCUCUGAACCAGAACCUGAGGGUCUGAAAUUCCCCUAAAUACCAGAGGCUCCCAUGGUGAUUCCCUGCCGAGCAGGAGGCUUCCCCAGCCUGGGACACCCCCUCUGACGGCCUCUCCUUUCUCUCCCUCUCCAGGGUGCUGGGAGCUCUGGGGGCAGGUAAGUCCUGGGCUCUGUCUCCCUCCCCACAUGGCGUGUUAGGUCUGGUAACCGCACUGAAUACAGGGCGUCCCCCCUGCCCCUGCAGCGUGACACGCGGGCCUAGAGCCUGUGAUUCUGUGUCCCCUCGCGGCUGCCUCAGCAGGGGGAAGAGCCUGAAGGCUGAUACGUCCCACCAGGGCUGUCAGAUAUAUGGGCCAGGGGCCAGACCCAGGCUGUCUGAUGUAUUAACGGGGACACAUCACAUAUCCACAGUGUGCAGAAUCUCAGCUUUCCAUUUUUUUUUAAAAGGAGGACGGGGCGUUUCGGGAGCCGGAGCUGGGGUUUGCGGAGCUGGAGAGGAGACUCAGCGAUUUCUCUCUGACAAGGGCCGUCCUGCAGCAGGUCCUGCGGGGAUUCAAAGAGACGCUGCGACGGGAGCUGGGGCGCGACACAGGCUGCAGAUCAUCCCCGGGUCGCUCCAGAUUCUCCCAGCCUGCCUGGAGAAGGGAAAUGGGCAUGGCAGAGCUGGCUCAGGGGCCGGUGACCUUCGAGGAGGUGGCUGUGUAUUUCACCAGGGAAGAGUGGGCUCUGCUGGACCCCGCUCAGAGAGCCCUCUACCGAGACGUCAUGCAGGAGAACUACGAGAACGUGACCUCGCUGGAGUUUCCAGUUUUCCCACCUGAUGUGAUCUCCCAUCUGGAACAAGACAAAGAGCCGUGGCUCCCAGAUCUCCUUGAUUCAGAGGAAGGAGGCACCCUGAGAGGUGCCUGCACAGGUGAUGGGAUGCUGAGUGAGAAGGAGGAGCAGAAACCUCAGCAGGAAGAUGCUGAUCAAGAGGAAGCACACGGGGCAUUAUUGCAAAUAUCUCAAGAGGAUGAUUCCGGGAGUCAUGAGCAGAGAGAAGGUCGUGAGAGUCAGCACAGGCCAGAGCGGAAGCAGGGAAACAAGCCAAGGGAGAAAAGGAAUAAAUCCAUUAAUAGUUGGGGACCUCACAAAUACCUCAAGGAAACCACAGCCCAGCAGAAAAUCCACCCAGGAGAGAGAAACAACACAUGCUCUGAGUGUGGGAAAAAUUUCUGUAGGCGCUCAGUCCUUAUUAAACAUCAGAGCAUCCACACUGGGGAAAGACCCUAUGAAUGCUGUGAGUGUGGGAAAAACUUCACUCAGAGCUCAUCCCUUAUUAAACAUCGGAGGAUACACACAGGAGAGAGACCCUAUGCAUGCUGUGAAUGUGGGAAAGCCUUCACUCAGAGAUCGUCCCUUAUUAAACAUCGACGAAUCCACACAGGAGAGAGACCCUAUGCAUGCUGCGAGUGUGGGAAACGCUUCACUCAGAGAUCAUCCCUCAUUACACAUCAGAGGAUCCACACAGGGGCGCAAUCCUAUGCGUGUUCUGAAUGUGGAGAAAGCUUCACUCGGCGCUCAAACCUAAUUGUACAUCAGAGAAUUCACACAGGAGAGAGACCCUACAAAUGCUGUGAGUGUGCGAAAAACUUCACCAACAGCUCCUCACUUAUGAAACAUCUGAGAAUCCAUACGGGAGCCAGACCUUAUGAAUGCCGCGAGUGCAGGAAAACCUUCACUCGCAGUUCACACCUCAUUGCACAUCAGAGAAUCCACACUGGAGAGAGACCCUAUGAAUGCUGUGAGUGCGGGAAAGCCUUCAUGGACAGCUCUGACCUUAUUAAGCAUCAGAGAAUCCACACGGGAGAGAGACCUUAUGAAUGCGGUGAGUGCGGGAAAAACUUCAUGGACAGCUCAGACCUUACUAAGCAUCAGCGAAUCCACACGGGAGAGAGACCCUAUGAAUGCAGUGAGUGCGGGAAAAGCUUCACUCACAGCUCAGCGCUUAUGACCCAUCAGCGAAUCCACACGGGAGAGAGACCCCAUGAAUGCUGCGAGUGCGGGAAAAGCUUCACGCAGAGCUCGGACCUGAUCAAACAUCAGAGAAUCCACACCGGCGAGCGACCCUAUGGAUGCCCUGAGUGUGGGCAAAGCUUCACUUGGCGCUCGAGCCUAAUCACACAUCAGAGAUUCCACACAGAAGAGAGGCCUUACGGGUGCCGUGAGUGCGGGAAAAAAUUCUUUGUCAGCUCCGCGCUUAGAGAACAUCAGAGAAUCCACGUGGGAGCCAGACCUUAUCAGUGCAGUGAGUGUGGGAAAAACUUCACUCGCAGCUCGAACCUCAUUCGACAUCAGAGGCUCCACCCAGCCUAGAGACACUCUAAAUGAGGGUGGGAAAAGCUUCUAUCAGACCUCAGCCCUUACUUACCACCAGAGAAUUUGCAAAAGAAACAGACACCAUAAACACCUUAUUUAAGGCUGACCAUUUUUAUUUAUUUUUUUUCCUAAUUCCCUCUUAAAGACUUUUUGAAGCAUCACGUGAUCUCUUGGGUCCCCUAGAUGAGUUGCCCACUUUUCUCUUUUGUAGUUUGUCCUUCUUUGGAAUGAAUCCAGUGCUCGUAUCUAUCACUUCCUUUGUUCUAUGAGUCCUGGGAGCACGUCUUCCUCCUACCAGGAAUGUCCAUGAGCUCCAGAGGACAUUGGUGACCUAAACCAGCUCCACUGAGAUAAAAUUACCUGGCCCUCAUCUCCACUCGGAUUUCCCCUGGUCUUAGCUAGCUGGAUGUCAAACCACAACUAUUCCUGUAGUAAAGACAUAGCCUGUGCGUAGUAGCUGGGGGGGUCUAGCAGGUGUCCUCAGAACCUCACCAGUGCUCCAUCAGUUUUCCUUGUCUAAACAACCCUGGAGCAUCUCAUUUCUACUGUUCCUCCCACUGCAAAAGCGAUUGUUAGAGUCACCAAUUCCCUCUGAUACCUAUUUGUUCUCACAUUGCCGUGGCUUGUGCUGAAAAUCAGUUUAUUUUUUGUACCGUUCUCUCACUUAAAAUAUAUUUAAUUAUAGCAAUUAAGUGUCGGAGGGAUUCCCUCAUUUCCCAUCAUCUCAGCAGUGUUUCCGUCUGUCUCAGCUGUGUAGAGUUUAUCUUCUUCCCAUUCUUUCCCUCCACCUCCCGUAGUUCCCCAAGACACAGUGUUCUGAGCUCUGUGUGCUUGGAAAUCAUGGUUCGAUUUCUUAGAUCCUAAAUCAGACUCGUUAGGUUUGGAGGUGAAAGAGUCACAGACCCGGAAGGAGAAUGUUUAAUGGAUCUAGAACAGCGUGAUCAUUCUUAGCUUAAACCCCAUUUUUCGUCUAUUGGCAAAGACAAUUCUUGUCUUUUUCCUUCUGAGUUGGGAUUGUUUUUGGAUGAGGAAACUGGCUGUUUUUUCGCAUUAUGUUGAUGCUAAAACUUUCCCAAGUCACAUGACUCAGUAAUUGUGAGGCAGCGUGGAAUGAAGCAGGUUUCAGAGGAGAAGAUGGUGGGAGAAUCUGCUGUCCUGAUUCUGAGUCAUCAGGUGUCUCCCGCUCUGGAAUUUAACUUUCCACGACAUCAAAAUUGUCUUACAGCUCCGUGAGAGGUGGGUUUCUCUCUCCUGAAGGUGUUUGGUUACCUAACUGGAUAUUGGUUUUGUUUGAUUGAAUGUCACCAAUUUACUAGGGACUUUGAGCCAAAUGACCAUUUGGUAAAAUAGUCUCUAUUCAUUAUUAAUUAUUAUUAUUGCUUUGGCUAUUAUCCCACCCUGCCGUGAUGACAUGGAGAAAAUUCAAGUGCAGGUCAAUCAACCUGAGGGAAUACUCCAAGCUAUUGGCUAUGCUAACAAAGAGAGAAAGAGUCGUGGUUUUAAAUCUCCACUCUGAAACUCUGAUCAACAGCACAUCCUUCGAUGCUAUAAACCGUUCAUUGAGAACUGUUAGACUUCUGCUCAUUAAAACCUCGUUAGGGGCUGUGUCUGUGUUGGGGGGUGAAAGAGAAGGAUUUACCACACAAGAGUUCAAUCGAAGAAGGAAGCUUGGAUUGGCUUUCAGGUUGCAGUUUAAAUACGAACAAUUAUUUGGUUUCAGUAUUGAAAUAGUUAACGAGCUCCAUGUGGAUUGCACGGCGCAGGUGAAGUUCUCUGAGGUUUACAACUAAAUGGACAGCUGCCUCCUUGGGUUCCUGUUUUAGGAUUUAUGAGGGUUGAGGGUCUGUUGUAUUAAUCUGAUUAUUUGGCUAAAUUGAGAACAUGAUUGCAAUGCAACAGCAUCGUUAAUGCAUUGAUUUAUUGAUUUUGACCUUAACAUAAGUGUGUCCACCCAACGGUUAGUUUAGUCAUGUGUACAGUGGCUUAGUCCUAGUGAUGUGUGUUCUUGAUUUUUUUUUUUUUUUUCAGUUUAAUAAAAUGUGUAAAGGGGAAUCUGGAA